AUGAGCUCCAACAAUCAACAUCCCCCCAGCUCUUCUGCCUCGGGCCUUCCUGGCUCUUCCGCCCCCGUCCCUACCACCCACUCUGACUCGAAUGCGCAACUCGGGAACAACGGGUAUGCGCCAAAUGACAACCAGCUUGCCGGGCUAGUGGAAGCAGCAACGCAAGCUGCAGACCAAAAUGUGUCGCAAUGGGCCACUGCUGAAGCAAUUGCAUCAGCAGCCGGUGCAGCCGGUCACCAUCACCAGCUCGAGGCAUAUGGAGCUGAUAUGCAUCUCGGCGACGACGGUUUCGGCGAUGCGAAAUUCGAUGCGAACUUCGCAAAUUCAAUGGGAGGCGCACGGCAGAUGAGAGCACCCAGUCAUACUGACAACCAAUCCCCCGGUCUCACACGUACCGCAACCAAGAAGCGCAAGCGCAAUGAUGAUAAUCUCGACCCAGCUUUGGCGGGUGCUGGCCUAGCUGCCGCCCAGCACCAGGCGCAAUCCCAGCAAACACCGCAUGGAUAUACUGGCGAGGGUAUGGAAAUUCGCACCGAGCAACCUCAAUCAUUGUCUGAUGCUCGUGCUGUCGGUGUUCAUUCUGCUGCUGCGUUGUUCCGUCAGCCCUCCAGCAAUAAAAAGUACACUCGACCUCCCAUCUCGAAAAUGUUCUCCUCGCUUGAGAUUUCACCGGAGAACUUCCUUCAUCUCCAGGCUGCUGCGAAGAACUACAUGUUGGAUGACGAUCACCCCGAAAGACGUGACUGUGUUGGUCAGCGGGGCAAGGGAGAUACAGAGAUGGUCAAGCUCCGUCUCUGGAACUGUGUCCGUCAAUUCCUCGAAGCCGAAGGCAACGGCGAGCGCUUCUUUGGAGAGAAUGUCGCCAACGAGGGCAUGGGUCCGAGAAACUACAUUUGGCCGCGCGACCAGCAGAAGAUCAUCUCGUUGGUCAUUCCAUUGCUUCGACGAAUGGUUACAAAUGAGAGGCAACGCCAGUACGCCAUUGAGACUCGGAAAGGCGGUGGUACCGAUGAUCGAAGACGUCGCAGAACAGAGGAAUUCUCGAACUUGAAUAACCGUUUUUCACCUGAUCAAUCUCUUAUGCAGAACCAGUCGCACCGCGAAGACAUGUCGCAAUCAAUGCCCUCGCAUCAACUUCAACAAUCACUUGACCAGUCCCAACCUAUCACCGUUGGACUGACGGAUCUUCUUUUGGACGGAUACACAGUUGACUGGGAAGAGAUCGCCCGCACCUACGAGGCAUACAACCAAGGCUUCGAACUCGAUAAUCUAUGGUCUCUCUCUGGUCUUCAGCAGCCUGACUGGCGGGGUCUGGUCGCCGCAGUCGACAGUCAUUACCAUGUCAUUCACAACGAUGGCUACGACUGUCCCCCUGAAUGUGAGGAUGAAAACAUCAACCGCAUCAUUCAUGCCGACGCGACCUCGUCUCUUUCGUGGCGCAUUGGUGGCGGCCGUCAUCUCCCAGCCCGCGAUGAAUUUGCUAGCAGUAUCACCCGUGACGUCUCCCGCAUUAUUCGCGAGAACAUCGCCGCUCGACACGGCCACCCCCAGCCCGACAACCACUUCCACCCUGUGCCCUUCACUCCUCUGCCAGAAAAUACCCAGUCCCAAUCCCAGCCCCAUAUCUCCCUCCGCGUCAACAUCGUUCAAGGCGGAAAACGCAUUCUCCCCAGGUUCGACCUACCAGCCGGCCAAUACCCUAAUAUUGAAACCCUCAAGCAGGCCAUUCUGCGUCGAUAUCCCGGCCAGCUUCCUGGGUUAUUUCCUCAAGAAGGGAACGCCGCUGCACAGGAAGCCCGCGAAUCUGCAGCUCUUGCCUCGUGGAAAGUCAAAGUCUGGCUUCCAGAUGGCUUGAUUCCAGUGGUGAACCAGAAGGAUUGGACUAUUGCUCUCCUCUCAGCUGAUACCGUUGAUUGGAUGGAUGGGGACUUGAAGGUUCUGGUUGAGACUGAUUAG